AUGUACCCGCUGGGCUCCACCUGGAAUAUCUCCUUCGCGGGCUGCGGGUUCUUGGGGGUGUACCACAUCGGGGUCGCCAGCUGCCUCCAAGAGCACGCGCCUUUCUUGGUGGCGAAUGCCAAGAACAUUUAUGGCGCCUCGGCCGGAGCCCUGACGGCCACAGCCCUGGUCACUGGAGCCUGCCUAGGUAAGGAGCCUGCCUGUGUCAUCCGGUGCCUUUGCGUUCCUCUUGUACGCGGUGGGUGGGAAGCAAAAACAGACUACUGGGAGAAGGGCGCCUUCCUGUCAGUCCUGCCGCUUUCCCUUUCCUUCUGAAGGAAGAAUCCAGAUGACAACACGCGCCCCCCCCCCUUUUGUGUGCUUUUUUCAGCGGUGACACACGCAGAGACGGGGCGGGGGGGGGGACACACAUACCGCUUAUUUGACCCGCAGAACGGAUGACUCUCGCCUUUUCUGGUUCACGUGAACCUGCCUCAUGCUGAGUCAGACCUUAGUACUGCAUGCAAAACAUACGCUCUUUUUCUGAACCAUGCCUUUUUCUCUUCCUUGUUAUGUGUCAUUUGGGUGUGGGUAGGUACAGGCUUGGAUUCUGUUUAAAAGGUUUGCAUACUUCUGUCCUCCUGUGGAGAUCUCAGGGUUGUUUACAAAAACAAUAUAAAACUGAAAUAAUGUGUUUUAUGUGUUGACUGUUUUUAUUUUAAAAUGUAAUAAAAUAAAACACUGCAAAAAAAAUAAUACCGUAAUUGUCUUUACCUUGUACCUAAAAGACAACAAUGUUGGCCCCGGUAAGGCCUCUGGGGAGGGAAUUCCACGAAGGAGGCACUACCUCUGAGAAGGGUAUUGCUCCCUGGUUUUCACCUGCCUUACUUUACUUGGAUGGUGUGGGGCCCUGGAAAGAUGAUCUCGAGGCACAGAGAAGUUGAUAUAGGAGCAGGUGUUUCUUCAGGUACCUGAGCCCUAAUUUAUGCAAUGGUUCAAAAUGAACUUGAAGCCAUGGAAGUUAUUUCAAUGCUGGGAAGUUAAGUUUCUACCAAGCAGACCGAGGCAAUAGCUUAGUACCUGUUUUUGAAUGAACCAAAGCUUCUGAAUUGUCUUCAAAGCAGCAUGUACAAUGCAACACAGUACUCAACCCCUGUGUGUGUGUGUGUAUACAGGGUGAGUCCUUUAAAAGAGGCCCCAUGGAUAUGGAGUACACAUGUUCCACGGAGCCUCUUUUAAAAGACUCACCCUGUGUAUAUAUAUUGUUAUGAAUCUGUGGGUGUAAGACACCCUACCUUCUUGGAACCAAUUGUUGUUGGCAUCUGUCUGUCUUGAAAGACAAUGGAGUACGCAUUUGGGGGUGAAGUCAGACGGGCUACCUUCUCAGGCAGAUGUCCCACCUGCCCCACACUUCCCUCUACAGCAGGGGUCAGCAACCUAAGGCCCAUGGGCCGGAAGCAGCCCGCGGAGGUCGUUUGACCAGCCUGCGAGCUGCCCUCGAACCGAGCUGCCCGCUUGCACAAUGUGCUAAACCGGCACGGGGACUUGCUUCCACGGCGCCGAAAAUCACAUCUGCACAGAUGCAGAUGCCGAAUAUCAGCAAAAACAUAUUCUCAUAGUAGUAUCUCAAAAGCAUUUUGCCCUUCCCUAAAUAUUCAUUCAUAGUCUUUGGGCUUUAUGGAUUCAGACCUAUGCUUUCUACCAUAUCUUAUAAGUGGUGUUGUUUCGUUAAUCUUGAUUUAUUAUUUGCUUAUCUCUCCGGGAACCUGGAACACAAUAAAGCUGCAUGUCCUCUAAAUUAGAUCAUCUGUUUGUUUUCAAGCCCUCUGUAUGCACACUAUCUGAAAGGGAGUGUGGUGUGCAUUAGGGGUCACUAACUGUCCUUUAAAAGGAUAGUUAGUAUUUUUUUCCCCUUCAAAAUUGUCUCUCGUGGAAUUCUCAUAAAGAUUUCUUAUAAACUGAUUUUUAAAAAAAAGGUUUCUAAGGCUGCAAUUCUGUACUGUGACUUAAUUCUGAGUAAAUAUACUUAGAACUGGGCAGCAAGAAUCCUCCUUGAAACAUGAGCUUAGUCUGUGCUGGACUGAAGGAAACAAGAUGUGAGUUGCCACCUGCCAGCUCUGGACUAGGUGACUCCAAGGUCCAUUCCAACCCUAAAAUUAUGUGAUUAUUUCCUUCUCGGUUGCAGGGAUUUUGUGCCCUUAAGACCCCAACAGAUAGAAAUCCAGCAGAUAAAACAGAGCUUUUGUUUGUUGGGAAAACCUUUCAUUGCUAAUUUUUUAUUUGACCUGCAGCAACUGAAGGCCCAAAGGCUAUGCCAGGGAAACAAGGCAGGGGGUGGGUCAGUCCAUUUGCUGGCUCUGCAUGCAGCCCUGAGUAGUGCAUGCACCAGUACUGUACUUUUGUUGGGGCUUAUUUCUCUGGUAUGACAGGAUAUUCUCAUUAUUCCGCAUGUACGGGCAACACACAGCUUUGUCGCAGAGCACUUGCUCUGCAAAUAGAGGUUUCCUGAUUCAGUCUCUGCUCUGGCAUUGCCUUUUAAACAGGGGACUUGAAUAGCUGGUGAUAAAGAAAUACCCUUUUUUGCCUUAGACUUCAAAGAACUACUGUACUGCUUAUCGUAGUAGCCAAUGCUGAACUAGUUAGACUAGUGGUCUUGCUCGUUAUAUAAGGUAGCUUUCUGUAUUCCCAAACUGAGACCUGGUGCUAAGCAAGCACAGGGCUGAGCUUUCGCCAGUGGCAUCGCAAGGGGUGUGUGUUCGCCAGGUGCCAUGUCUGGGGGUGGUGACAAGAAGGCACCCCACGGGGUACUUGCACCGCCGCAGCCGCAUGUGGAGGAUCCUCUGUUCACAGCUGCAGCAGCGAGCAGAGGAUCCCACCACCGUCCAUAUGUCGUUCGAGUGGUGGUAGUAGCAAACCGCUAUGUACAACGCAUGCGCGGUGUUACGUGCAUGCACUCUAUGUAGCGACACCACGCAUGUGUCAUAUGUAGCGGCGCAGCGCGCGCGCAGCCGGCAGUUUGCCCCUGGCUUUCACCAAGACUAAUUCCUAACUAUAGAAUAGCUAGGAAGUUCCCUGGUUUCAGCUUUCCCCAUUGCAUAGUUACAGAACAUUGCUUCUGAUGACUGUCUUUUAGGCCAUUCCUGCUAGUGGGUAGGGGUCUAUUUGGGAAGAAGUAGGAAAGCAUAAUACGUGUUCAGUGCAAGUGGCAAUGAAAUGACAUAACUUUUCAUACAUCAUGUGAAUGUUUACCAUGAAUGCACACUUGCCCAAUGAGCAGCAACCAAUCCCGGCUCUUGAAUGAGUCUUUCCUACAUGUUUUACACAUACAGUACUGUACAUGCAAAUUUGCUGCUCACAUCCAUCUUUUCCUUUCGCUGUCCAUUCACCAAUAUAAAUACAUAUAUGCUUUAAAACAGGGGUGGCUUAUGGCCACAUUAAUUGUGUCACUUUAUCAUCAGUAAGAACAGUGUUCAAGUGGCCACUUAUUUUAAUCUUGCUCGUAAUCUUACUGGUAAGCAAAAGUAGGCAAACCACUCUGUCAUGGAGAUUGUACCUUGUGCUGUAAUUGCUGGUGAUAAUGAACAUACUUUUGUACUUUGUUUUGUGAUUAGUCAUUUGAAAGAUUCCCUUUCAAUUUCAUUGGUAAUUUAAUCAGCUUUGGUGAACAAGAACAGUGUAGAGAAAGUUUUCAACCAUUUUUUAGAAUGCUUAAAAAAAAGAUGUGUUUGCUGCCAUGGGCGCUUCCAGGAAAAAGGGCAGGAUGCAAAUUGUAUUCUUACAGCUUUUGCCAUUCUGGAGCCCUCCAGAUGUUCUGAACUAGAACUUCCAUCACUGCAGAGCACAGAGUUGUCCAAAAUGCCUGGAGAGCACCUGGAUGGUGCAGGCUGUUUUACACACAAGUGCACACUGGUAAUCUAAUCUUCAUUUACUCAUUGCCCACCUACACUAGGUGCCAUAUAUGUACAUUCAUCCCCUGGAUUCUGGAUCAAACACUUCUUUAAAAAGCAAAUGGCAGCUGAAAUAGCCCAAUGAGAUAUAAAGUGUAGAUAUGAACUUUGUAGAGGUAGAAACAACAGGAAUCCAGGCUUGUUUUGUUAAUUAAAAAUACCUUUACAAAGUGAGUGAUACUAAUGAGCAUAUAGAAACUUCCAGGUGUAAACUUAAUAAGAUGCACCCCAUGGAGUAACCAGACUUACUGGUUAUGGGAUAUAUAGUCUUGAAAUGCAUUUAAAGUGACAUUACAUGCCUCUGAGCUCCAGCUGAACUGGAGUCACGCCCAAUGAGAAAACUCAGUAUGUAUGCAUGUUGUGUAUGCAUUUGUUUUAAUUGUGGCUCAGGAAAGGAAAUCCAUAAUUAAGAUUGCACAAAUUUCUGUUAAAACAGACACAAACAAAUUUAAAGCCUCUGCUGUUCACUUUGUAUUGCUAUGUGUUAUUUAUUCAGUAAGGUGUACUAUAUCCCUGAAUACAAAGUGGAUGGGAGAUAAAGCCCUGGAUGUUGCUUUCAAAAUCUACAAGUUCAUAAUUACGGUAGGUUCCUGCCAGCUCCUUCCCAAAAAUUUAUCUUGCAGAUUCCAUACUGGCUGCAUUAUAUGGACACUUUUCAUUGUCACUCUUUUAUGGAAGAAGAACAAACUUGCAUUUGCCCUUAGAAAGCUGUUUUUCUUUUUAGGGAGGUGAAUGAGAGGGGGUAGAGAGGAUGUGUUCACACUCCUGUUUUCUGUGCAUUCCCAGUUCUGGGUUUUUGAUCCAGAACACCACAUUAACUCAAUAUGUAUCCUGUAUUUUGUUAUGAAAUAUUGCCAUUUGAUGCAUUGUUUCUCAAACCAGCUUCACACUGAUUAGAGUCCUUAAGCCCACUGGCGGAAGAAAAGGAGUGUGGGGGGAGCACAUCACCCCUGGCAGCACGAUCCCAGUGGGGUGCCAUUGCGGCUGCCCCCCCCCCCGUGCUGGGCACCACGCCCCUGCAGGUGGCGUGCCCCGCCCCCACCAGUGCUGCUUGUGAGCAUGUGCCCUGACUGUAAGAAAUUGUUGAUCUGUUAAAGAGCAAUUAAUUGGUUUUCUGCCAUUGAGUUUUCACAUUGGGAGUGACUUUUUAUUUAUUUAUUUAUUUUUAAAGUAAUUUUUAUUAAAGUUUUAAACAACAAAGAAAUAAAAGAAAAACAUACACAAUACAUAUAACAAAAACACAAAAAACAAAAAAAACAAAAGCAAGAUUCAACAAUAAAAAUACAAAAAAAUAACAAUUAAAAACAAUAUCUCUGUUUCAUUUCCGUUUUUUAGUUGCUUAUUUUCUGGACUUCCUCAUACCUCCCUCUUUUGUAUUCCAAUCCAAAUUAUUUGUCCAGCAGUUUCUUUUCCACUUUUUAAUCCCAAUCUUUAAUUUGAUAAGAUAUUAAAAUAUAUAACUUCAACUUCUUUAAACCUAAUCCUUGGUCUUAAUAUCAUAUACCAUUAAAAUUUUCCCUCUUAAUAUCAAAUUUCCAUUUCUUUAAACAUCUUUAAUCUUAAUCUUUAAUCUUAGUCUAUCAUUAACUUUAACCUGUACAGCUGGAAACCUCUUGUUUUCAGUCCAACAUCACUCUAACAUUCCUUAAUUUUGCAGUGUUUCUGAAGAUAGUCUUUGAAUUUCUUCCAAUCUUCCUCCAUCAACUCUUCUCCCUGGUCACGGAUUCUACCAGUCAUUUCCGCCAAUUCCAUAUAGUCCAUAAGUUUCAUCUGCCAUUCCUCCAGCGUGGGAAGUUCUUGUGUCUUCCUACAUUGGGAGUGACUUUUUAACGUUUACACACGCUACUCACAACUAGGCAAAGUUUCUCUAGGUCUGCAGAUUUCUCUAGUUCUAAGGCUAUAAUUACCUGAUAAGAGAAGAAGGGAAAGGCUAAUGAAGGCUAAGGACUGUCUGGAUUUAGCAGGUGCCUUCUGUGCCAGCUUUUGAAUGCCUGCUGCAAAGUUUUCUAUCCUGUCAAGCCUAUGCAGGGAAUUAAGAGUACAUCCCCCACAAUGGUCUAUUGAUGUUUGCUUUUAAUUUCUUUUUGCUUUUAACUUGUUAUGAUGUUACUGUUUGGUUUUAUGUUUUUAUAUUGCUGUAAACCACUGUGAUAUCUUUUUAUGAUACAGUGGUAUGUAAAUAUUUUUUAUAAAUAAAUGAAAUGUUCUGUCAUGCCUAUGGUGAAUAGUAAUCUAGUAAAAUUUGCAUGCAUAUACCUUUACAACUACGGCACCAUUUCUGGAGCCUUUUUUUGUUUUGGGGUCAGGGGAUUGGUCAAGCCCAUGGAGGGUUAGUCACAUUUUGAUCCGACCCACUGGAUGAAAGCCCUGUGGGAAUAUUGUAAAAUUAAUGAAUGUUAGAAUGAUGACGGAUUGAAGUUAAGCGGUUUCUAGCAGUAAUGGUUAAAAGAAUGGAAAAAUUGGUUUUUAAUAGGUAAAAAUUUAAUGUUAUAAUAUAUUAAGAUUAAAGAUCAGGAUUAAAAAGGAGGGAAAGAAAUUGCUGGACUAACAAACUGAAUUGGAAUACAAAAGAGGGAGGUAUGAGGAGGUCCGGGAAACAAGUAAACGUAAAAGAAGUGAUGAAAAGACGGAAUUGUUUUUAACUGUUUUUUCUUUUUUCUUUUUGUAUUGUGUAUUUUUCUUUUUAUUGUUAAUUUAUUAUUAUUAUUAUUAAUGUGAUCCUUUUCUUGUGAAACUUUAAUAAAUAUCAUUUAAAAAAAAAAAAAAAAGAAAGCCCUGUGGGGUAGCAUGUUAGGUUUGAGGAAAGGAAAGGAAAGAGAAGAGAGUGGCUGGUGGAGUUUGUGGGAAGAAAGAGAAUGACUAUGAAGGCAGAAGGGGAAAUGAAUAGUUAGACUGAGGGGGAGGAACAGUAGAAGAUUACAUAUAGAGAUGGCCUAUCAAUAGGAAAUGAUGUUGGUAAUUGCGAGCUGAUUAUGCCAAACCGCCUCCAUGCACACCACAAUUCCGUGUCUGGCUGUGCCCUUGCAUCAUCUUUUUGUGGUUCAUGGGCCUAAGUAAUCUAUCUCCAGCCUAGAGUGCUGUACAUCUGCCUCACCAGAUGCCUACAUCUUCUCUCAAUGGAAGUGUACUUCACCCAGUUGGGAUGUUGAACACGUGGCUUCAGAAUCAUAUACCCCAAAGUAAUGUGUGUAUGAGCCAACCCUCAAAAUCAUAUACUCCUACUCUUAAAAAAAGGUAGCAUCCCUAGAACUUGACUCCAUAGUUUUAGGGAAUGAUAUCUUUGUUACCAACAAGUUAUUUCCAAUCUGUCAUGUUGAGUUACCUUUGAGAGCAAAACGUCUGUCUCACAAGAUCUAGCGUAGCCUCAGUCUUCGGUUCAAUUUCUCCCCACCCACCCCCCUUUUUUCUGUGUGUGUGUUAGGGUCACUUUAUAUUAGUCCAAGUGCAGGAGCCAAAACAGGCAUGGCAAAGGAUAUAACUUCUAUUUUAAACAUUUUUUAAAAAGCAAUUGCUGGUGGCUCACAGUUCGGCGGGAAAUAGUAGCUCUGAGUCAAGUAGUUUAGUGUCUAACCCUUUCCUUCCACGUUAUUAUUAGAAUUUUAAAUGCAGGCACAUUCACACAAUGAAGUUGUUCUUAGAACCAACUGGGAAAUAAUGUAGGCAUCAUUUGGGAAUCUCUUUUCCCCAUCCAACAAAGUUGAUCUUGGUUACAGGAGGGGAGUGUCAUGGUCAAUGCAGAAAUAGCAUGGGAAGAGGGUUAAACACCCCUUGCGCCUCUGCCAAUCAAAACUGGAGCUUUAAAUCUGUCGUGGCUUUUUGUCUAUCAUAUUAUUGUUGGCUUGGAACUAGAAGACUUGUACACACCCGUGUUGACAGCUGCCAAAGUCCUCUGUGCUCUUGCUGGGAAGCUGGCAACACAUUUGCAGAAGUACCAGUGAUACACUGAUGAGUCAGAAGAAUCCCUGUUGUGAUGGAUCCUAUGUACCAGUAUAGCUCAAGUGUCUCCAAAGAAAAUGCAAGUAACUGUGUUAGCUACUGCCAGAAAAUGUAAUCAACAAGAAGUUAUUUGAGGGAAUCUUACUAGCCUUCUGAAGCAUCACUAAUCUUUGGCACAAUCAGCAAAACCAUUAAAGCAUGCGAGGACAUUCUCAGUAGUGAGGAUUCAUGCACACACAUCCUCUACACUCUGCAGUCAAGAAUUGCAUAUUUUGUGUGAUAAAGAUGUUUGACAUUCCAGAGAGGUUUGCUUAGGAUGAUAUAAGAAGGGUUUUAUGAGUGUCUUCCUUAAGACCUUUGGUUCCAUCCUUGAUCCAGGACUCAGUGUUGGCUACUCUGUGAUCAGGUCUAUGUCAUCGGGUGAUAAAGAAGCAAGUUUCCAUGUGACUACAGGGAAAAGAAUAUGGCUUGACAGGAGACCCUCCUGUAAGGGUGGUGUUAGACAUGCUUUUUGCUCUGGUCUUCUGAGGCUACUCAGUAACUGUUCCCUUCGUAAGAGGAUAUUGUUGGCACCUUUGAGCCCUCAAAGACAUGCGGUGCAGUCCUAAGUGUGUUUAUUUAGAAGUAACUCCAGUUGGGUUCACUAAGGUCUGUUCCCUAGCAUGAGUGCAAGGGACUCAAUCCUUAAUUAAGGGUCUGUGUUUGUAUAGAAUGUAACCUCUAAUGUGCUCUGUUGUAUAUGAGCAGACCAUAUAGUUCAACGUUGCAUAAGAUCAGUGUUUCAUUUGCAAGCAAUGUUUCUUAACUCUGAGUUUUAGAAAUAGUGACAAAUGGAGAUGAGAGAGCAAUAAACUUGUAGUAAAGUACUAAGACAAGGAUGGGCAACCUGUCACCCUCCAGAUGUUGCUCUACUACCAAUUCCCAUCACCUCUUACCAUUGGCUAUGCUGAUACGACUCCAACAGUGUCUUGAUAUUGCUCAUCUGUGCACUAAGAUAUCAAGGAGUCCUAUGCUUUUGCACUGUGAGCACUGUUCUCAUGUAUUUGUGGCUAGGGAGGAAUCUUCCCUAGGUUAUAUUCUGAUGGUUAUUAAAUGUCUAAUUUUAUUUUUUGUUAUCUCCUGUAGCAUAUAAUAAUUUGUUCCUUGGGGCAUCUUCAUGUGUUUGUGUAGUGGUUCUAGGGGUUGCUCGUGCGUAAGCCGGUGCAAACACCUGGCUGGGUUGCCUGAGUGAAUCUUUUCUGUCCGGACAGCCACUCACCCGUGGCUGUCUCAAUCGCUGGCAGAAUCCGUCUGUGGGCGUUUCUUAAACUUCUUCCAGCAAAGAAGCUCUUUGACGCCUAGUCUCCUCCUACUCUCUCUGCACGAAAGCCUUCUGCGCAAGGAGGGCGUAGGCAGCGGAGGAUCCCUACUCUCCCCGCUGGUCCCUGGCAAGGAGUCAUGGGACCGCCUCGCCGCUUCCCCCAUCUGCCCCCCUUCUCCACUGGUGCUACGCUGAUUCUCUUCCCCAGAAGAUGGGCUGCCUCUCCCAAUCCCGGGACGCUCUCUGGAAUCCCUCUGGAUCUUGCUCUCUCCCUCCGGCACUGAUGGCAGUUCCCUGACAGUUUGUCCCUAGACCUGUUCAUUACUCUGCAGGAAGCAUUGACAUGGUGAAUAUUAAUUUAGAUAUAAAUGAAUACAGCAUAUAUAUUGUCUUUUCAACAAAAAUGGUCCCCAAGCUGUUUUUCUAGCAAGGUAAAACCAACAUAAUAGUACCAACUAAUAGCAGCAUUCAAAGGUAAAACAUAAUGAACCAAAAAAUCAUUAGCACCCUAUAAAUCCUGUCUGAAAAGUAUUCCUCUUAUUAACUUUAUGUGGAUUGCCUUUUGUAAGCAUUUGCUAUUCUGUGCAGAUAGCAUGCAUUCCUGGGUUGUAGGCGUUGUCUGUUCUUGUCACAAGUUUUCCCUCAUACUCAUGCCUGAGUGAAGUGCUGUUUACAGUACAUAAUGUUAGGAACGGCUGUGCUUCAUGUUCUGGUAGUCAGAUAAAGGAGAUGGUCACGUGAUUUCAGAAAUCAGCAAUUGGCACAGGUCAGCUGUUAAUCUCCUUUCAGAGCCCUUAGGGGGUUAAGCGUAUAUCAGGUGCAAGCUGGCUACUACUAAAUUUGUUGUUCAACCAUUGUUGUUGUUUAACCAUUAUGUAACUACCUUGAGUCGGACUAAAUCUCAGACCUCUCUCUUUAAGAAUGUGAUGGUAACUCCUUUUUUAUGAGUGGGUGAUCAGGUGACAACAGCAUAACUUGGGGGCAUUAAGGAGCCAUCCUAUUGAAUUCUAACCUACUUCAUUAGUAGAUCUUACAACUUACAUUUCAUAGGAUCAUAAAGUUAGAAGGGACCCUCAAGAGUCAUCUAGUCUCCCUACAAUACAGGAAUCUAAACUAAAACAUCCAUAACAGAUGGCCAUCCAAUCUUGGCUAAAAAACCUCCAGGGAAGGAGAAUCCACAACCUCCCGUGGAAGCCUGUUUCACUGUUGAACAGCUAUUACUCUCAGAUAGUUUUUCCUGAUGUUUGGAAACUCUUUUCUUGUAACUUGAAGCAAGGAACAUGAUUGCUAGAUGAUGAGCCUUCUCGUUAUCUCCAGGUAACUCUUCCAAUGCUUCAGAAGGCUCUAGAUGUUUGAAGCCUCUUAGGAGUUUUGUGAUGGUGGGGCACAUCAUUUGUCACUUUCUAAAGAGCCACCUUUAGUCCUGUCAAUUUGUCACUAGAGUAUAAAGAGCAAGAGAGAAGAAUGAAAUUCAGCCCCAGUUGUGCCCCUAUCCAGGCUGCCUUUGUUACUUGUGUUACUCAGUAUGGACGUAACUUGCUUCAGGAAAUGGGAGGCAUUGUACAGUAUAGGCUUUCUUGCUUCCGAGACUUGGAUUCUGUGAUAAGGCAUCAGUACUGGAACUUUGCUAAAUGAGUUUUCUUAAUUGAGUUUUAAUUCCUCCUCCAAUCUCUUACCACACUGUGAGCUGUUAAGGACCAGAUGCUCUGAACCCUUUAUAAGGGCCAGUUGGGUGGAAGCAUCAGCUUGUAUAGAACACAACUGCCAGAACUGUGGUUCACUGGGGUUAAUUGUUGCUCUAGUUUUGUUAUGUCUACACUGGUUACCAGUUUUGUUUCUGGGCUCAAUUCAAACUGUUCUUGUUGCCACCGUUAGAAUAGAAAACCUCCUUUUAAAAAAUGUAAUUGAAUUUAGUGUCCAUGGCUGUAUUUUGUGCUUCCACAUGAUUGCAGUAUGCAAGCAACCAUAAUCUCUGGCCAUUGUUUAGUUAGAGGAGCCUACAUUAAUGAGACUCCCUUGCAAAUUCUUGUUUGUGUACAAUGCAAACCUGAAUUGUGCAACUGCUCCCCCAGAAACAGACUUGUGGAAAGAUGAAGGAAUCCAUGGGUAAUCUGCUGAUGAGAAAACUCCACUUCUACCACCAGAUAUUGCAGCACCAAGACUCCCUUGAGGAUGGAGUAUGCCAAUGGCUUAACCAAGUUUAUGUGGAAAACUUUAGUCUUUGAACCACACAUCACUGUGCCUUGCUUGUGAAUUAUAUUGCCCUUGGGAGGCAGUCCAUUGGAAUAAAUUCAUUAUGACUUAACUGUUGGCAGCUUGCCGUGAGUAACCCAACACCAAUGGGGCAAAGUUAAAUUGUAAACCAUAAGCCUUAGUACGUAAGCACUAGAUGGAAGGGCAAAGAGGACAGAGUUUUGGGGGGAGAGAAAGCCCAGUAUAUGAAGCAACCUAGCAGAGUGAAUCCUUGGGGCUUUCAUGAGAGGGGAUUUUGAAAGGGCGCAGAGGGCCUCCCUAGUGCUGGAUCUAGCCUCUAAGGCCUGAAUUUGCAAUGCAGAUUUUCUCCUCUCUUAUCUGGUUAUCUCCUAAUGCAGUGAUGGCCAAACUUGGCCCUCCAGCUGUUUUGGGACUACAAUUCCCAACAUCCCCAACCACUGGUCCUAUUUGCUAGGAAUGAUGGGAGUUGUAGUCCCAAAACUGCUGGAGGGCCAAGUUUGGCCAUCACUGUCCUAAUGACUAGAAUACUCCUGCCUGACCCUAUAUUACUAUGUUCUCUGGAAGUUCUAGGCCAGCCAGAUUUUAAAAAUAAAACAAAAACAAAACAACCCUUCAACACCAUAAAAAGGAACAUUGCAAACAUGCUAAGGAGUUGUUGGGUGAUAAAAUAGCAAAACUUGCGUAUCCUCACAACAGUGCUGUGAGGCAGGGUUAGCUCAGAAAGGGAGUGAGUCUCCCAUUCAGUGAGUGAGCUUUGCAGUUCAUCAGGGAUCUGAGCUCUGGCAUUUGCACUUUACAUUAACACUUGCAAUAUAUUGUAGUUAGUCUUGGUGAAGACUUGACGUUUUCAUCCCCCAAAAAGCUUUUGAUUUGAGUUUUAAUGUUUUAAUGUUAUAUUUUAAUCUUGUUUUUAAGUUGUAUUUCAGUCAAUUUGUUUUAUAUCGGGUGUUAGCCGCCCUGAGCCCGGUCUUGGCUGGAGAGGGCAGGGUAUAAAUAAAAAUUUAUUAUUAUUAUUAUUAUUAUUAUUAUUAUUAGUGGUUAGAAUGUUGGACCAGGACCUGGAAGACCAGGGUUCAAAUCCCCCCUCAGCCGUGGGCAGUCAUUCACUCUCAGUCUAACCUACCUCACAGGGUUGCUGUGAGAAUAUAAUGGGGAGGAGAAGAACUACGUAGACCACUUUGAGCUCCUUGGAUGAAAGAUGGAAUAGAAAUGAAUGGGGAGAUUAAGUAAAUAAAUAAGCAAGCAAGCAAAUAAACAAUGCACAACACACUUGGAGUUAGGAUUCAUUCAAACCCUGCUAAGCUGGACUUGCCAGGACAUUGAAAAGCAGCCUGAAGCUAUUGGGCAGGGUGAGGCACCGCAUAAGAGAAGAGAUGCUUAAGCUCCACUGGCCCUUCUAUUCACAUCUUAUGAUAAUUAUACUCUUUCCUGCUUCACAAGUGAAAACUGGAGGCUCAUGAGAAACCAAUGAGUCUCCCCAGCCCCAUCACAUCUAGUUGGGCACUUGCACUCCUUAAAGGCCUCUGUCGAAGAGGAAAGGGAGAGAGUGUUAUAGGAAAGCAAAUGUAUGGUAGCACAGAUACUCUCUGCUCUCUCCUAUGGUCUCACUGGCCGUACAGAAUAAAUAUGGUGAAGAUGGUUAAUUCUGCAUUUCAGCAGAAGCAGUCUAGUUUUCUCUGGUCUGAGUGAUUAGGAAAGCUUUGGUAACAAGGGUGGAGUCUUGUCUGCUAACUUCACUGGAGGUGGGAUGGAGGGGGAUGACCUCUGUUCUUGCAGCAAUAAGCACUCAAGAAGUGGUGUGGAGGAGUGCAAGUAACAGCAUGGUGUUUUUCAGUAUAGCUUCACAGCCCACACGUCUGAUAAAAUGGCUUUGUAUCUAAAAGCCACCCUGCCUUGGUAAACCGUUAUGGAAACAAACUGCAGUUUGCGCAUUGGUAGAGGUAAACUGUUAUUGGCCAACACAUCUUUGCAAAGUAUUGAUAUCACCCAGUGCCAGAAUUAGGGCAGUGUGGGCUGUCUCCCCUCACAGGGUACCGAGUCGAGGAGGUGCAAAAUUGAGAAGAUCCAUAAUUGAGAAGAUCCAUUUGGGAGCACCAAAUUUUGACCUCACACAGGGCACCAUACUACAAAAGUUUACCGAGUCUGCCCCUGAAUCACCACUUUACUUAUAUCCUGCCUUUCUCCCGAGGAGCUCAAAGCACCAUACACAGACACCCACCCACACUGUGCUUCUCCUUAUCAGGUGCCUUAGACACAGAGAGAGAGAGAGCGAACGCGCAUGUGAUUGGACCAAGACCGCUCAAUGGGAAUUUGAAUGUGGGUCUUCCAAGUUCUAGUCAGCCACUCUUAACCACUAGACUAGACCACACUGUCUCUCUUGAGCACUACUGUACACAUACAGCCUUUCCCCAGCCCCUCUGUCUUGUUGUUUUUCCUCUAGUCUGCUGAACUAGGGAGUAGGCAGCAGUGGAAUGAGGUGAGGCGAGAUGAGGUGAGGCUCCAGCUGGAUGCAAGGCAAGGCAAGGCAAGGCUAAGGCUGUGCUGUAGAUACACAGUUCCUUCAGCAACAAACAGACUGAGCCCUAUAUAGUGGCAGGAGCUGCAUUUGUUAGCUCCAUUUACACUGGACGGUGCAUUCUUUUGUUAAAGAGGUCCAACCUGCCCCAUUAGUCUCCUACUGUAGGGGAACCGCUGGUGGGAAAUAGGUUAAAUAUUUGUGGCUGCUAGGAGGUGUCAAACCAGCAGAACUUAUUGUUCUUAUUGUUUGCACAAUAUUACUCAGAACAGUACCAUUUCUAUUCUGGAUGACUCAACUCUGGCUGGCCUUACUUGUUAACUGUAAAUUGCAAAACUAUGUGCAUCCUGAAAAUUCUGGUCGCUUGAAACACUGUUUACAGCCACCCACUGCCCUUUUGCAAAAGAAAGUGUUCAGAUGCUUAUCUUCUCACACCUUGUUAGUGGUACUUUAUACUUUACUUUCAUUCAUGCGAUGCAACAUGUUAAGUACACAACAUACACACCCUCACAAGGAAGAUCUCUGUUGUUUUUGAAAGUCUGUGACUAAACAUGAAUGUGUACAUAAUUAUAAGUAUAUAAUCAUAUGAAAUUAGGAUCUUUUUGCAUUUCAGACUUAUGCAUCAGUGGAUGAGGAUUUUUCUUGGAAGAGGGGAGGAUUUUCACCUUGAUUUUGACGUAAAGCUGAAUUAUUUAGUGUUGUUGUAAAUUGUGGUAAUUGAUCGCUAUGGGUUAUCAUUGCAAUUUGGGAAUUUAUUGUGCUUUAUAAAUACAGUGGUACCUCGGGUUAAGAACUUAAUUCGUUCUGGAGGUCCGUUCUUAACCUGAAACUGUUCUUAACCUGAGGUAUCACUUUAGCUAAUGGGGCCUCCCGCUGCUGCUGCACCGCUGCUGCGCGAUUUCUGUUCUCAUCCUGAAGCAAAGUUCUUAAACUGAGGUACUAUUUCUGGGUUAACAGAGUCUGUAACCUGAAGCUCCUGUAACCUGAAGCGUCUAUAACUCGAGGUACCACUGUACAGCAUUAGUGGUAGUGAUUGAAUUGAGUAAAUGAAGCUUCUUGUCCCUCUCCCCAUUAACAGUACUUUUUCUGGAAAAUUCUCAUCUCAGUCCUAGUCAGAAUUUGAAACAAGGCUUACAAAAUGGAAAUAAUAUGCUCUGGAAUCUGUUAGGUUCUAUAACCAAUAUUCAUCCCCAAAUGAAUUUACUGCUGCACAGUUAUUGAAACCAUUUCAUUUUCUUAAAUGAAAGUGCUGCUAAAGGUAGGGUUCAGAGUGAUGAUAUCUUGCCAUCAUGAUGUUUUUCAUCUUGCAUUAUUGCGUAAAGCCAAAAUGCUGUACUGCUUGUGCAGCAUGUACGUAUGUGAGCUUGCUGAGAUUUCUGUAUAAAAAAGACGGUCUAUCUACUCAUUCUCCAGAAUCAUUUAUAUAUUGUAGUAAAGUAAUGCUACCGACAAUGAAGGCUGAGCUUAUAAUUAUAGUUUAUAAUUAAGGAGACUGAUGAAUAAGGCUAGCUUUAAUUGCUCCAAACCCAAUAAGCCACAGAACAAAAGGAUUCUGAUGCCAGUCUGUGCUAAGCUUAUCCAGGAUGGAAAUAGGCCCAUCUAGAGAGCUAUGUUUUCAUGAUGCAGCUUGAUAAAAUUUGAAUUAAUUUGAAACCGUCUGUUCCCCACUUUUAUGGGGAGCUGUUCUUACUGUCCUUGCUUGGUUGAAAGUCACUUUGUGCAAAUGAUAAUUUCUCACAGGAACUGGAAGCAUAGCCAUGGCUCUUGGCCAGGCUUUCUAAGAACUCUCUUUUGCAGAAUUAUUUGUUUGUGUAGCGCCGUUUCUCAAAUAUUUGUGCAAGAUGACCUUUUAAAAAAAAAAAUUAACGUGGCAGCUUGUAGUGUAGGAAGGAUGGCUCGUGUGCUCUCCUCGUAGAGAAUGGCCUUUAGCAUAGGGCUGCUGUUGUUCAGGGAAGUCUCCUUGUCUUUUUUGCACUGCAUCCCAAACAAAGAGGAGUAUGAAGAAGUUGCAUAGCUGGCCCCAUCUUCCCCACCACCCCUCACCCCACCUCAGAAACUCGUAGGCCUGGGAGUGCAGAAGGCCACUCAAACAUCAGAACAAAUUGUUCUAGUGUACACCAUUUCUCAACACUUCUGAGGAAACAAGCCCCAUAAAGAGGCAGUAGUCACGUGAGUGUCUUAAUGCCUGCAAAGAAGCUUUGUCUCCCAUGCAAGGUUAUAAACUUCUGUUCUUUUCCAAUGAUUUAUCACUUUAUUGGGGUUUUGUUUUUUGCUGCUGUUUUUCGGAUUGAGGCAAGGCGUUCUAGGGUGGUGCAGUCUAUUGACAACAACAUUGCCAGCUGCCAACUUAAGAGAUAAUAUCUGUCCUUGCUUUGUUUGUGGGGUUGUUGUUUUUUUGAAAAAACAGACUGGAGCAGCAAAGGAAGAUGCACACUCUCCUUCUGUUCUCCUCCACUAGUGCCUUUGCCUACCUUUCUUCCCACUUUGCCACAGAAAGUGGGGCUCUCUGGCUCCGCAGCAAGAAGGGUGAGCAGAAGAGCAGUGGAGGAGCAAGGCAGGAAGGGCACCUGCUGCAGCAUCUUCCGAGGCUUCCAGGCUUUUUGAGGGCUGGUAGGCAGCCUUAGUUAACAGAGAAGGCAACAACUCAACAGCCGGGGAAGGGCUGUCGCUCAGAGGUAGGGCAUCUGCUUUGCAGAAGGUCCCAGGUUCAAUCCCUGACAUCCCCAGGUGAAGCUGGGGAAGACCUUUUGCCUGAAACCCUCUGUUCCUAUGUGUGCAGAAAGCAUUUCAGAAUGGUCUAGAAGGCUAAACCGACUCAUUGAGUUCUUUUCCCGAAACAAGCAUCUUAAAAAGAUACUGUGACUCACUUAGUAGAUUGUAAUUGGUGGGCAUCAUUAUGACAGUCCCCCUUUCCACAGAUUUUUUUUUAGUUACAGAGGAACCUCUGUGCUUAUUCCGUGGGUGAUCCUUAAAAAAAAGAAGAGUCACUAUAAACUUGCACCAGUUGUUGCUGUGGUCGUCUGACAGUUUUUUGACAGAUGUGCAAAAAUUUGCCUCCCUUUGGAUUCUAAGCUUACAUUGUGAGAGAUAGUUUCAUGACUGCCGUAUGCAGAUUGAGAAGGAACAAAGCGAGCAGAAGUUGUUUAUUGGGAAACCACAAAGUGUGUUUUCCUCUGCUGUUCAUCUCAUCCGCACCCUCCACUGACUGGAGAUAUACAUGGUUGCUUCUUGUUAAGUAGAAUAUAGUUGAAAACUGCUUCAUUGCUGCUCUAAGGCAGCCUCUUCUGGUGCCUUUGUUAAACUUCCCCAAACUUAGCAAAUAAAAUGAGGCAGGCAUGGGAUACUGCUGGACACUGGGACUGCUGAAUUGGGAAAAUUGAAACUUUGACAGGAAAGAAGCUCCUUCCCCAAUUUCUGCUAUGAGGAAUCUAUGAUAUGGUUGCUGACUGGAGAGUAGCUAUCUUGGGUCUGCCCACUGAAUACCUCUACCUUUAGUAAGUACCCCCAGCCUCAACUGCAGGUAACUUAGUUGGCUUCCUGUCAUUUGCAAUACGUGUGUGUGUGUGUGUGUGUGUGUGUGUGUGUGUGUGUGAAGUACUGACUGGUGUUGCUGCCUUUCUUUUCUUCAGGGAUGAAAAACAAAUUGGCAAAAAGCAAAGCCUGCUGGAACAGAUAUGGAAUGUGUGAAAACAGGAAGGGUGUGAUGUAAAGCAGAAUGCCAAGUGGCGGAGAGAGAAAGAGCAACCAGUGUGUCAUGGUAGCCUUGUAGGGAAAUCCAGGCAGCUGUCAUGAUCCUGGCUGGAAUAAGAUGAUUUGCAACUGGGAAGAGGCAGAAGGAUGCUUUGGAAUCAGUGUUUGAUAAAUCUGUGCAGAUCCUACACUGUUGGGAAGCAGCUCUUUUAAUGAGGUUGAUGCCCAGAUGUAUAGAGUAGGGUGACCUUGAUAGAUAAGGCCUAUAGCAUCUGUUCCAAAGAGCUCUUGAAGAAAACAAGUUCCACGGCUCUGGCUACUCCUAUCACAAUGUUACAAUGGGGGUGGGGGAUUGCAUGUGCCUCAUAGUUAGAAACAGUCUAGCCUGAUUGCAGAGUGGCUGUUUCUGUCUGAAAUGGUCCAUCUCCCAUCCCAUUUCCUAUAUCAUGUUGGGUCUCUUUGAGAUGGUCUGCUUUUAAAAUGUAGCUGGCAUACCUUGGAGGUGGAAAGCUGACUAAAUGAUAGCCCUUGCAACAGUGGCAGACCUUGAGGGCUCCCAUUUCAUCAGCUCCCUAUGCAACACCAAAAUUCGGCACCCCACCCCAUUGAGCCUCUCUCUUUCCAUUCUACCUCAUAGUCGUGGUGCCCCUGAGGCUCUGCACCCAGUGUGACAAGACCAGUUGUGCUUCCCUAAAUCCGCCUCUGCUUGCAAUUAUGCAAUAUCAGUCUCAGUAUCUGAAACCACAUGUUUUGAAAGGACAAACAUUUGUUCUUUGCAGCUCCCCACCUCCAGAAUCCCUCUGCCUGUUCCCCUUUCCUCAUGCAACAGAGACAGCACCAACUUUCUCAAUCAAGGUUUGCAUUCUUCAGUCUUAAAUUCAAAGUGUCUCCUUGCAGGUCACGCAAAUCAUAUCCUUGGGCCCUUUCUGAUGCCCUUGUGAGACCAUUUUGACACCUUGGAAUUUAUUUAGUUAUCCCUUCAUCUGUAAUCGUGGCUGUGCUCUCCCCCCCCCCCCGUACAAGUGGGUGUGUAUUUUGGCCAGUAUAGCUUUACUUUCCUCUUGGAAUGCUUUUUAAGCCUCACAUGUUAAAAUGCCCUUUGUGUUGGUCUGUAAUGGAAUACCUAAUGAAGCUGGAAUGUUCCUGGCUUUAGCUAGUGCCCUUUGCUCUGAGAUGGAUCCUCCCCAAGAGGAACCGGGGCUUCCAGAAUGACAGUAGCUAUGCCAUCUCUUGCUUGCAGAUAAAUCUUAUUUGCCGCUAAUUUGAAUUGCUUUGCUUUUGUGAGUUGAAUAUUUUUGCAGGUCAAAUUGACCCUUCCUGGGAAGAGAGCUGGUGGUGCUUCUAAUUAUUUUGUGUCUCUCUGUUGCUGUGGUGUGGGACCUCUGGCCUUCUAGAUGUGGCUGAAUUACAAGUCCUAUCAACCCUGGGCACUAGCUAUGCUUGCUGGGAACUCUAGUUCAGCAACAUCUGGAGGAUCAAAGGUUCCCUGCCUUAUGAGAAGGUACAGGGUUUCCCCAAAUUAGAGCUUCUGGGCACCAGCAGGGAGGGCUUAUGGAGAUGGAGGAGGAAGAGGGGAGAAGAGUCUGGUGGGAACCAGGGCAGCUUGUAUGUUGUGGUCAUGUAGCAGCACCCCAAACAAACAUGGCUAUAAGCCCCACACAAUUUGAGGUUAGGUUGCCUGGAAUAGGGCCUCCAUCUGUACAGCCUUGCUUAAUUCCUCUGUGGGAAGCUUAUUAUGCAGUGACACAAGGGGCAAGCCAUCUCUGGGUUGGUGCCCCAGCUUUGGAAUCCCUCUGAGAUGUGACUGGAGCUUACACCACUUGAGUUUCCUGCAGUGAUGUUGGGUUUUCUGGAUUUCUUUUUCAAGAAUCAAAAUACAAUUAGGGUAAUUUCAAUUGGGAAAUUUUCUGAUGCCCUAAAGCAGACACCCCCAAACUCGGCCCUCCAGAUGUUUUGGGGCUACAAGUCCCAUCAUCCCUGAGCACUGGUCCUGUUAGCUAGGGAUGAUGGGAGUUGUAGUCCCAAAACAUCUGGAGGGCCGAGUUUGGGGGUGCCUGCCCUAGAGAGUGGUCUAAUUUAGCAUAUUUGUUUUUAUUGUACUUAGUAAAGAAAGGUAACAAGCUUGCUUAAUACUGUAUUUGUAUUUGGCAUCUGUUCACUGUGAACUUAAGAAUUUAUGAAAUGGAAAGUUCCCAUAGAAAAAUAAAGCCCCACUUCGUUAGUUUCCAGUGCCAGGUGAAAGCCUUUCUAUUCACUCAGGACUUGGGUGGAUAUUAGUGUCAGGCUUGAUGUGGGUUUUUUUUCUCUUUUUAUGCUUGUAAUUAACUGCCUUGUUUUCUAAGGCACUGUAGUAUAAUGCAAAUUUGUAUUUUAUUUGUAACUCUCUCUGGAGCUGCAUUGCAAUGGAGCAUAUUAUAAACAAUAUUGAGAUGGUUGACCAAAAUAUUGGAAGUUGUAUUCAGCUAGGUUUUACUUAAAGAAGAUCCACUGAAAUUAAUAAACAUGAUUAAGUUGGGUCCAUUAAUUUAAGUAGAUCUGCUCCAGUAAAGCCUAGCUGAAUAGCACCCUGGGUGAGGGAUGAAGAGAGAUUGGGCAUACACACAAAUUGAGACCACCCAUCUUUUAUAUCCUCUACCAGCCUUAUGCUAGGAACUGGAGAUAAUAUCUUAAGGAUGUUUAUUACUGUGAUUCCUCAAUAGGAGUCACCUUCCCUCUCCUUCAGCACUCUAGUGUGAGUUCUCUAAUUCCCAUUAAUAAUCCUCUCUAGCAUUGCCAAAGCUCAGCUUGCUGGUGGCCUUCUUCUGUUAAAGUGUGUGAGUGUGUAUACAUAGCAUUUCAAAAGGUUAUAGCACAUGCUCAACUAUCAUCACUGCUGUCAUCUACUUUGGAGUCUAUCCAAAUAAAUCCACUCUCCUUUGGCAGUGCAUCCAAGCUGAAUCUCUCUUCUAGGAAGUCUGAAGUUCACUCUAUCCAUGUCCUCCUUAAAGGUUAUUUGGCACUUUCAAAGUACACAGCUAUGUUCUUGCUUUUAAAUAAGUAAAGGACACAUUUUAUGCAUAAGAACUGUACUGAUAUGUUUGGUAAGGACCCCCUUCCAGAGGACUUAAAGGUCAGCUGAAGAGGAGCUAUUCCUUUCGCUUCUGGCUUUCCCUAAUUUUAGGGAAGGCUUGCCUCUCUCUCCCUGCAACCCAGUGCCUAAGAGUGCAAAGUGUACAUGUGCCUGGGGAGUUAAUUACAGUCCCAGCCUCAGUGAUGCCUUGCUAUGUCAGUUCCAAAUGUUGCCCAUGACCCUAGUGGCCAUUAAAUGCUGACUUUUUUGGGAGGGGUAGUAGAAUGGAAUAUUCUGGAACCUGCACCCAUAAACAGAAGCACUGCACACUGUUAACAUUUUGUUGCAGGUGCUACUCGCUUUGCAUAUUUGCUGGCAGCAUUAUGAAAAGCAGAGCACAAUCUGCUGGUUUUUAUGUGCUCUCGCUAGAAACCUAAGAAAGGAUAUUGGGGUUGUCAGCACCAAAAACUGUGAUUGUGAAAACAGUUGACAUUUUCUGACUACAUCUCUAAUCUGCAAUAUCAGCACUCCUACACUGCAGUUCCUUGCUAUUGUUUCGUUGUCGGUUAUCUUUGUGGUUCUUAUAUUGUUUGUAAUUGUGCAGCUGUACUUACCUUAAUUAUAUAUUUGUUAAGCUGCCCUGGGGCUAUUUGGUGAAAAACAGGCUAGAAGUACAACUAAUCUAAACAUUAAAAUAAAUACGGUAUAUAUAUUAAAACCAGGAUAUUUUUUUUAGUGUAUAUUGCAAGGGCUUGCUUGUUCCCUAAAAUCGGUCUCCUCCAGGAGGGAUGCCAAGAGCACCUCUCUAUUGCAGGAAUCCAAGGAGGAGCAGGCUAUGGCUGCUAGUCAUGGUGGCUGAUGUACCUCCAGGGUCAGGGGCAAUUUGGGGCUUUUUAGCUUAGAAAAAUAAUGGGUCAGACAGGAUAUGAUAGAGAUAUAUAAAAUGAUGCAUGGUGUGUAGAAGAUAGACAGAAGUUUUUAUUCCUUUCCAAUAAUACUGGAAGCCAUGGCAAUCCAUCAAAGCCAAAUGGUGGGAGAUACAGAACUGACAAAAGAAAGAACUACCGUACUUCAUACAGUGAAGAUAAACUAAGGAAAUUGCUACCACAAGAUAUGAGGGUGGCAGAUAGGUGAAGACAAGUCCUAACAAGUCAGUCUACGUUCAUUGUGAGUUCUGGCAAUUCGAAUCUGACAGCUUUUAGUCUCUCUGCCCACUGUCUCUCCCCUACCCCCUUUGCCUUUUGCAAGUUUUUCUGGCUGGCAUGCCCUAGAGAGGAAGUGGGGAAAUGGGAGUCUUUGUUUUUCUACUAAGUCAGCCUCUGACCCACUGCAGAUCGCUGGGACAGUUAAGAAUGAAGCAGCUGAGCUUUUGUUCCCACAACUGUGGACUGUUUUGGAGCAACGUGAUAGAGCAGUGGAACCGUCUCAAUAGGGAAAGAAUUGCUGGGUUGUUGUUGUUUUGCCCAGUUCACUCCUGUCCAACAGAACUCUGAAGACUGAAUCAAAGCCUGUGUUGCUGCCAAGCUUAAGAAGUUCUCUUUGGGGAAAUCAGUCUUCCUUUGUGGGGGUUUGUGUAUCAAAGUUGGUGGCAGUAUCUCAUACAGUACUUCAGACCAGUUCGCUCUGAAUCAUGGAAGGAUGCAUUUAAUCACUAAUACCAUGUAUUUAUUACAGUGACUCACAAACUGAUCAAAUUAUUAUAGCAAAACAUUUUGGCUUCCACUUCCUCAGCCGCUCCAAUGUGAGUCAAAGAGUGCUGUAGCCAGGUUGUCAGUUACAGAAUGUGGAGGUCUGAAUAUCCCAAAGUGUUGCAUUUGCUGUAGCUAAGUGAUGCUGCAGUAUCCUUUGAUUGACAUCAGAGCAGUAGAGGAAUGUGGAAGUCAAAGCACUUGAAAUUCAAUUUAUUGUGUGUGUGUGUGUGUGUGUGUGUGUGUACUGGGGGAGUGUCUUUUAGGCCUGGUAGUAUGAAGAAUUAUUGUGGACCAACACCCACUUAACGAUCUUAGAAUCUUUGCUCAGUGCAGGAUCUGCAAUGCAGGAUACAACUUCAGCAUCCCUGACUGAUCGUUAUAGCUACUGGUCAUGAUAACUGAGUUAUGGGAUAACUCAGUAUCAGAAGCCGUAUGCCCUGGAUACCAGUCGCUGGGGGAACACAAGUGUAGAGUGUGGUGUUGCACACAUGUCUUGCAUGUGGGUUUCCCAUUGGCCACUGUGAGAGUGGGAUGCUAGACUGGAAUAGUCUGGUUUAAUCCAAUAGUGCUCUUUUAAAAAUCCACAAUGGAGGCUUAUUUCGACACUUAACUUUCAUCUGCCAGUAAGGGAUCAUAGAAGUUUUAUUAUUUUUACACCUGGAAUGCUGAGCUCCCCGAGAUGCACUGGGCCAGCCCAGAUGUUCUGAAAUAUUCCAUGUGAGCACGCCACUGCAUAGCAGAUGUAACAAAUUAUUCUCCAGUUAAUGUUUAUGAUUUUCUGGUCGUAAUUUGCAUCAAUUUAAAUGUUCCUUGACUAAUAUUUUGAGGUAGUGAAUAUGGUGCAGUAGGGUUUUGUGGUGCAAGAACAAAUAUGCCAGAUUGCUGCUGAUUUCAUGAUGAGACCAUGUUUCAAGUACUAAGACAUAGUUAAGCUACAUAAUCCCUGAUGGCUGCUUUAUUAGAUGGUAUCCUAUUGAUGUGCAGUAUCCAAGUUUGAAAACCAGGGAUCACGUAAUAGAAGAAAAAAUAGAAUAGCCUAUUAUAACAUGGUAGAUUUGUUUUAUAUUUAACCUUGAGUAUAUUUUUGUGGUUAGCAGGGGGAACUGCAUGAGAAGGUAAACAACUCUGGAUAUGGGGCGCGGGGAAUAAGGGAAGGGCUUAUGGCAGUGAGGUCAUUUCCCAAUGAAGCUCUAGAUUGGCAAACAGAAGUUACUCACUAUACUAAAAUUACAAUUACAACAUUUGAAACAUGGGUGCAUGCUGCAACAAACUGCUUAGUAGCUGCGGCUUCUUGCAGUGUGCAACCUGUUUGGGGAACCAUGUACUUCCUCCUCAGGACUAUUUAAUUGCAUGAUUUCUAUUACAAAUGGCACAAAGGGCAUUGCCAUUCUGUAAUUUUAAAACCACCAUUAAAGCAACAGUGUUUGCUGACAGAAUAUAACAAGGCUGAAACUCAAAUUCUAACUGUUCUUUCAGUCACUGACAAGCCUUCCCUGAGCUGUUUUGUCCAUUUCUCUUUCUCAGCAGUACCAUAGUUUUGUGAUUCUGAAACCGCCAGUCAUUGUGAUGCCUGCAUUUCAGAGAUAACUGUUGUUUAAAGUGCCUUAACGUGUAAAGCCUGGAAGCUUAGUAUCAUGCAGCAGCGCCCUCCUAACGUCCGUUGUUCUCUUGUGCCUUAGGUGAGGCUGGUGCAAACAUCAUCCAUGUCUCUAAGGAGGCUCGGAAGAGGUUUCUUGGCCCCUUGCACCCCUCCUUCAACUUAGUGAAAAUCAUCCGUACCUGCCUAUACAAGACUCUGCCAGACAACGGGCAUGAGGUGGCCAGUGGACGCUUGGGCAUCUCGCUGACGCGGGUCUCAGAUGGAGAGAAUGUCAUCUUAUCGGAGUUCAGCUCCAAAGAGGAGCUUAUCCAGGCAAGUAAUAACAUGGUGACUGCCUCGUUGCUUUAGAUGUGAAUCUGUAGGUUCCCAGCCACCAGGGACUGGGACACCUGACUUGACUAUGCUUUCAUGGUGAAAGGCUGUCUUGUAGCUAUCACUUGUUCCAUCAGAUGAUAUUUACUUGGUGCUCUGGAUACAUAAAUCCUCCCCCGCGUGUUAUUUAGGUUUCAUGUGGUGUUUUCCUGUCUCUCUCAGGCAUGUGUUUGCAGCACUUUCAUCCCAGUGUACUGUGGCCUCAUCCCUCCCAGUCUUCAAGGAGUGGUAAGUAAGCCAUCGUGGACUUGGGCUUCCAAAAUUGUUUGCAUUGGUACGAGGUCAUGCUGUGAUCCUUGCAAGGUUGGCUGUUACUGUCUCCGUAUUAUACAUGGAGGGCUAAAGCUGAAGAAGCGGCUCGCGACUGAUUGUCUCGUUUUCAUUCCUGUUGGAACUGAUGACCAUAAGCCACAAGCUUUAGUCAUCGUGUCAUCAUCCCAGGGACACAUCAGGCAGGCUAUUAAGUCAAAGGGAGCAGGGAUGAGGGGGAGUAUCUUGCUUGAUGCUGAAGCCGCAAAGUCUGUAUUAGUCAUAAUCUUCAGAUUAUAAAAUGGGUAUUUAAUAGGUGUCUGUCAUGACUUGCAUAAAGUGGUGAAACUCCCUGCUAUCUGCAGCUGUGUUUUAUCCAGCGCCUGACAAGGAUGCCAACAAUAUUGCCUUAAGAAAAUAGAUCUGUGUAGCACAGUAGUAGAUGUCAGGAGUUUUUCCUCUUGUUUUUUUCCAAACUUGAGAUUAUUUGUUUUCAUGCAGUCCUGUUUCAGGCAUCAAGGGUGGUGUGUGUGUGUGUGUGUGUGUGUGUGUGUGUGUGUGUCUAGCAGCAAAUAAGCCAGCUAAUUGCACUCUUGUUGAGGGCACAGCACACACAGCCUAUCAGUGCAGCAGCACCCUUUCCUUGAACUCUUAGACUUUAGUGCCAUUGGAAUUGGAGAUUACUCAGCACCACCCAGGCCAAAGGGCAAUAAAUCUGGGGAAGGCAGGAAAAACCCUCUGGUCCAGCUUUCUCUGAGAAGCCCCAUGUGACUAUUUCAUAUAUAACAGUAAACCACAACUUAUGGCACAGGGAAGUGAGGCAGAAGCUCCUGAAAAAAACCCUUUCUUCUCUGACAGCAUGGCUGUGAGGAGGUGUUGUCUUAAACCAGGGGCCAGCAACCUUUUUCAGCAGGGGGCCGGUCCACCGUCCCUCAGACCAUGUGGUGGGCCAGACUAUAUUUGGGGGGGUGGGGGAAAUGUACGAAUUCCUAUGCCCUACAAAUAACCCAGAGAUGCAUUUUAAUUAAAAGGACACAUUCUACUCAUGUAAAAACAUGCUGAUUCCCAGACCAUCCACUGGCCAGAUUUAGAAGGCGACUGGGCCGCAUCCAGCCCCCAGGCCUUAGGUUGCCUACCCCUGCCUUAAACUAACUGCAGUUAAACAUAAUGUCUGAACCCUGGUUAGGCUUGUUUACAUACUUUUUAAUGUUACUUAUCAUUUCUAUGUUAUUUUUUGGCCAUUUUACUAUUGAAAAUAAAUAAUAAAAUAAACAAACCAUAAUGUCUGAACCCUGACAUGCUGUGGCUACCCUUUGUCAAAAGGAGCCAACUUCAAACCAUAGUUUUAUUACGGCGGCUUGUUUCAGUUGACCACAGUUCAGGGUUUUAAUACUAUGUUAAGCUGUUGUUAAUUGAAAUCGGAAGUUAAGGCUUCCAGUUUCCUUGCAGCCAUGUGGGAGAAUAAGAAGGGAAGGAAGAUGGCGCAAGCCUGAAACACAUCAGCUUAUUCCUGCAGUAAGCCAUGGUUUAUUGUCAUUUCAGAACAAGCCACAGUGAACUGUUUAAAGGUAGCUGCACCAAAGGGUUUUGUUUUUCCUUUUCUCCUGAUAUCUGUUCCAUUCUGGUCUGGCUGAGUGUAUUAAGAAAAGCCCAUUUGCAACGGCACUAAAUCAAAUUGAGGUUGUGAACUCAAGGAGUGUCUGGUAGAAGCAGAGAGGUGGAGUUUGUGGAGAAGGUUGGCACGAACAGUUUGUUCCUAACUGGAAUGUAGGCGGAAGGUCCCCAAUAGACGGCUAGCUUUAUUUAUUUAUUGCUUUUGUUACAAAAUGUUAACAAUAACAGCUGGGAGGGGGGGUGUAUGUCUUGUUUUGGAGAUGUGCCUGCUUCAUCACCUCUCCCUGGUCUUAUUUUAGUUUGGAUCCAAUCUCAAAGCAUCCCUCUCCUCUAGAUUAAACAUAUUUAGCCCUGUCUAUGCAUGCAGAUAAGGCUAGAGCCAGCAGAGCCUUCACCUCUGUCUCUAGCCAGUCUCAUUGCAACCCAAGAGUCUCCCAAAUACCUCACAGCAAAAAGCCGGCUGUCUGAAACAGGAAGCCCUGUUGGGCCAGAUGCAUUGAACAAUUAAUAAGUAAAGCAAUAGUUCAGAAGUGCUUGCCUUCCAGCUAAUGUAGGUAGGCAGUGGGUAUGUCAGUAGAAGGCCUAGGGAUCUUCACUGGUUGCUGUCACCCCAUGGAUCUCACUCAUUUUAUUUAGAUAUUUUGAUACUACUAUUUAUCAUAAAGUCACAGGGGGAUGCGCAACAUAUUAAAAUGCACAAAUGCAUAUUCCGAGGCCAAUUGAAACAUCUAUAUGAAAUAAACUCAGCACAAACUAAAACAACAGAGGAUAAUGUAAGGUGACAAUGGGUGCCAUACACUGACCUCAGUGCAUUAUGCCUCCUAACCUCCAGAAACCUGGGGGGGAGUAUAUUCACUUCCCUCUUGAAAGAGUGUAGCAUUGAUGCAAGACACUACAGUACUCAGUAGGGAGAUAGUUCCAUUGUUUUGGAGCUGCCACAGGAAAGGCUGUACUGUGGGUCCUCACACUACUGAACACCUCUGUUGUAGUGGCCAUCAGGAGUUUCUCCUUAGCUGAUCUUCAGACCCAGGUGGUAGGUUGGUAAAAGAGAAGUUCUCUUAUUUUAAUGUCAACACAAGCAUUUUGACUUGGGCUCUAAAGAGAAUUGGCAAGCUGUGCAGCUGUUUUAGUACUCUGGACCCCUGCAUUUUACACUAGUUGCAACUUCUGAACCAUUUUGGAAGAGCAGUCCUACAAAGAGUACAUGACAGUAGUCUAAUCUGAAGGACAGCAGAGCAUGGAUAAUAGUGGCCAGGCUAUCUCUAUUCAGGAAAGGAUGCAGACGAGUGCAACCCCUUCCAGAAUAAGGGUGUUAUGCUGAUUCUCGGACUCUGUGCAACCACAGCACCUCUGCUUGUCUAGAUUCAGCUUCUGUUUCUUGGCCCACACCCAGCCCAUUACUGCUUCCCCAGGCACCAAUGAAACAGAUGGAGCUGUGUGUCAUCAGUAUAUUGGUGGCAAUUCACAUCCCCUGAAUAUGACUGCUAUAACCUGCCAGACUCGCCAAGCAACUGUGAACUGGUACAUUUGCAAUUGCCUAUAAGUGUUUGGAAAUUUGGGGGUGGGACAGACUGUAAACUGUAUCUGUAUAAUAAAACCUUCAAUGAUUCCUUGUCAUUCUUUCUCUACUCCCAGAGGUAUGUUGAUGGAGGGAUUUCUGACAACCUGCCACAGUAUGAGCUGAAGAACACCAUCACGGUGUCCCCUUUCUCUGGGGAGAGUGAUAUCUGUCCACGGGACAGCUCCACAAACAUCCAUGAGCUUAGGGUCACGAAUACCAGCAUUCAGUUCAACAUGCGCAACCUCUACCGCCUUUCAAAGGCCCUGUUUCCACCAGAGCCUCAGGUGAGAGCCCAGCAUGAGUGUCUAUAUUUUUGUAGUGACGCUUGAGCUUCCAUAGAUGGUAAACAUUGUUUAUGGCUCUUCAUUUGAAGGAACUUCAGGCAACCUGAAUUUAUAUACUUUCUAAAUACAAAUCAUUGUAGUCAUUCUUCAUCAGAGCACUUCAUCUGUCUUAGCCCUUAUGCUUCUAACACAAGAUUGUGCAUGUUUACUUGGAAGUGAGUCCCACUGGUGUUGAAUGGAAGCUUACACACCUAUAGAAACCAACCUGCCCUCCAUAAAGCUUCAGUGGUGUUUAUGCCACCCAUUUCUGAGAGACGGGCAUAUGGUGAUUCAUGAACAGCUGCAUGUUUCCUUUUAGAAACAAGCAACAAAGUCGCUGAAAGGCACGUGGGUGAUAAGCCAAUGCACUUUAUGUAACUUGGGACUCCCACUCCCAUUCUUUAGAGGAUGUUGACAGGUAGCCUAAUUUGGAGUGGCAAAUGCUCAUUCUAUUAUUUAAUCUGACUUGUUUUUUUAAAGUGAUGGGACAAGAAGCCUUUAAAACUUUUGGAAUGCACUGAAUGCCUUUUUAAUCCCAUUGGAAUAACAUGAAGACACCUGAAAAUACCUUCAAUUAGGCAUUGUUUGAAAAUGCUUAUGGACUGUAUUCAGUUGGUGUAGAUGGACAUUCCUUUGUUGGCCUUCUUUCUUCCCCCAUGGGUGUUCAUUCAGAGCCAUUGCCCAGACCAUAAUAUGUCUCCUCCGUGUUCGUGCCUCUUCCUUUAGUUAGCAGCAUAACAAAUGCUGUUGGUCCAUUCUUGCUUUCUGCCCUUUCUCCCUCUUUUAUUGCUGCAGUAGAAAACACUGUUGGGGUAGCAAUGGUUGUAACCAGAAAACAAGCACCUCUUGCCCUUCCAACUGGAAUGUUUAGACACAGGCUUUCAUCAUCAUAACUGACUCCUUUAUCUCUGUGUGCAGGUUCUGCGGGACAUGUGCAAGCAAGGAUACAGGGAUGCACUGCACUUCUUGAAAAAGAAUGGUAAGCACUUAGCAAAAGGUUUUGCCUUACCUCCCCACCCAAAUUUUCUAGCAAAAGUAAAACUAUGUAAAAACAUUUUUCUUCUCUGCUUUAUAAGUUUCUUUGUGUCCUGUUUGUGCAUAAAAUCCAUUGGUGGCCAUGCUUAACCCUCAGUUGUCCCAUCUAACCAGUUGUUACUAUGCAGAAAACAUUUUUAAUAGUACCUAUGCAGCAGCCAGCUUCAUUAUUACCAAUUGUAUUUCCACUUAGCUGAGGUUGAGCACACUUUCCAUUCUACAUAAUUAGAAAAGUUCUGAGUAAAUCAAGAGGUUUUACAUACUCCUACACAAAUCGCUGAAUGAAAGCAAAAUGUUGGAUAUGAGAAGAGAAUCUAUUUUGUAUUUGAUCACAUAGAUGCAAAAUGGCACUGGGUAUGAUCCACUGGGGUCUUCUCCUGCACAAAAUUCAUUUAAUGGAAGCUGUGCAAGAGCAUAACAAUGCUUCUCUAGCACUCUGCCUAUUAUUCUGGCAUGAGCCGGUGCUGUGGCCAGAGCACACUGUUUGUGUCUAUAGUGUCACCUUGUGGUGACCGUCUGUAGUGCAGCAAUCUUGUGCACUGUAUUUUUUGUCCUUACAGUUCAUGAGUUAACUACUUACACUGAUGCAGUUCAGGUCUUGCCUGUGUGCUUCCUGCAGGCAACAGUUGGUCACUAUGAGAACAGGAUACUCAACCAACUGAGGCUUUGCUCUGAUCCAGAAGGGCUCUUUUUAUGUUCUUAUAUUACAUGAUUCAGCAACCCCACUGUGCUACCCCAGAGAAGGCAAUUAGAGAGGAAAUUGACUUGGUGACAGCCAAAGAUUUCUUAUGGUUGCAGGUGUGAAAGGGUCUACUUGGGACUUCUUAUUGAAGCUAUGUAUAGUAGUUCUAAAAUUUCAAAUGGUACUUUACAGAAUGUGUAGGCAUGUACAGAGGCAUGUAACCUCUGGUUACAAGCUUAAUUCAUUCUAGAGGUCCGUUCUUAACCUAAACAAUUCUUAACCUGAGGUACCACUUUAGCUAAUGGGGCUUCCUGCUGCUGCCGUGCCACCGCCACACAAUUUCUGUUCUCAUCCUGAGGUAAAGUUCUUACCCCGAGGCACUACUUCCGGGUUAGCAGAGUCUGUAACCCAAAGUGUUUGUAACCCGAGGUACCACUUCAGGCAUGUCCAACAGGUAGAUCGCAAUCUACUGGUAGAUCACGGGGUGUUCCUGGUAGAUCCUGGUUGAUCUCUGGCCCCUCAGCGAUCUCCUUACAAAAAAGCAAAAAAACAAACAACAACAAAAAACCAAAAAACUCCCACCAACUUUGGCUUCCUAAAAAAAGCUCCACAACCUUUGGGUAGAUCACUGCCAGUCUUUUUACGACAAUGAGUAGAUCACUGCCAGUUUUUUUAUGCUGUGAGUAGAUCACAGACUACUGGGAGUUGGAGGUCCCUGGAUAGAUAAACCACGUGGUACUGAGUUCUUAGUCUGCAGAGGUGGGGUAUAUUGGUGGGCAGGAUUUAACAUUUGAAUGUCCCUCCAUGCGCAUGUUUUACAAGAAACGACAUACUUCUGCUGCACGAUACUUCCAGGUAUUAGACAGCACACAGUUUGUACAACGUACGUGUUACAAUAUUCUUUUAAAUAUUUGUAAACUAAACUUUAUUCAAACAGAUCCGAUGGCAGUGUACAGUUAUAACAACAAAGAAAGGAAAACAUAAUCCACCAUUGCUCUACUGUUUUAAGAUACCUGUUUUUGUUUUUUUUUAAUGUUCCAAAGACAAAUGUAGCUUUUCAAAAAAAGCCUGAGUAAACAAAUAAGUUUUAACCUGGUGCCCAAAAGAGUGUAGCAUUGAUGCCCACUGAGUCUUUUCCCGAGGAGCUAUUUCUCUCCUUUGUAAACCCUCUUGCUUUGCACAGCUGUCUCACAUGCCUUGGUGGCAAUUUCAUGUCCAGUGCUUAUUGUACACGAUAUCCUCUGUGACAGCAGGUGGCUUUUGGCUGUGACUGCCACUUUCUCUACUGUUAGGAAAGAUAAUCUGCAAAGCAUAUUAAUUUUUUGGUUGAAGCACAACAGUUCCUUCUCCCAUCUUCCUCAGGUCUUCUCCAUCGUCCAAGACCCACCAACCCUUUGCUGGCUAUUGAAAAUGGUGCUGGGGUGAGGAAUGCUGAAGAAGAGGAGGAGGAGGCAGAGGAAGAGGACCAGCUGAGAGAGAAUGCUGCACUGGCAGAGGCUGAAGAUCACAUUCUUGAACACUUGCCUCCUAAACUGAACCAAGGUAUGAUAUUGGGUUGGAGAGUCUGCUGUGUGUCUGUGUCUAACACAAGGCUCUGCUCAUUACACAGGCUAGGCUGAGGCUUUUAUAAUGCUCUAGGGGUGAGGAACAUGUAGUUCAGCAGCAUCUGAUGAUGGACCUCCGUCACGAGUUCCCCACCCCUGACUUAUGUCCUGCUUUUUUCCUUUGUGGGAGAAAACGGGAGAAGCAGAGGAAAGAAGAAUGUUGAGAGGCAAAAGAUAGACAUUCCAAUUCUGCACAUAUGCAUACGUUUUAUUUUGUUCUGUGCAGAUGAUUUGGUUUCCCUGGUACAUAGUCGAACUACAAGUUCCAGGCUCUGCGGAGGAAGCCAUGGCGGUUAAAUUGAUUUCAUUGUAUAGUUGGCCAUAAUUGGCCAUGUCCAAAGGUAAAUUAGGAGACUCUGAAUACAUGAAAUACACAGGGUGGGCAGUAUGGCUAAUGUAAGGGGAUACAAUUUGCUCCAUGGCCCCCUACAAACAUAUCACAGGACUUCAGAAAAUCUCUAUUUCUCAUUAAUAAUGCAAGUGUACUGAGCAGUGUUUUGAAAGUAUGCAUGUGGAAAUUCUGAAGUUGGUGCACAGCAUUGACUUGAAACUCUGGUUCCAAUCUCCACUGCCCAGUAAAGUUGGUAUCUGAGAAGAACAGGCUGCCUGCCUUGAUUUAGGGUCUGGCUAUAGUUUUUUAUUUUCCUAUUGGAACUUCUCUUAGGUGACUCAUGAGAUAACGGAUAGUGGACACAGAAGCAUAAAAACCAGCAAAAUUGUCGGGAAAUGCCUGUAGACAGAUAAGAUGGGGAUCAGUGUUGAGGAGAGAUGAAUAAAGUGAUUUGCUGCCAGCUCUAGAAUUGACACAAUCUUCCUGCCUUUAACAAACCUCUUGGUCCCCCUGCUUAGUAGUAGAUGCAUGUUUAUGGCUAGAGAGAUUUUGUGGAUCUUCAAAGUAGUAUGGACAUCCAGUAAUUGCUUUUAAAAUGUUGGUGACUUGUGUUUCCAAUUCCCACUUCUGUUGUAGCAUGCAAAGUCCCUCACUUCAUUUCAAACCUACACCUGCAUUGGGAAAUUACAAGUUAAUGCUGUUUUUUUUAACUGUGGGGCCUUCAGGGCCCUGGCAAUAACAUGUUGCUAACUCAUACUGCCCAACAGAAUUGAAGGUUUCAGAGGCAUUCAAGUUCUAUAGUGAAUACUACCUUUUAAAUGAGGCAUGGGACAAACAAAGCAGGCUUGGACUCUUUCUCUGGGGAAGAGGAGUAAUAGAAAUCCCUCUGGUUGCUUCUCAUGAGCUGGGCAAAAUCUUAUACUGUAUUUUUACUCCUUGCCUUUUGGGCUGAUGUUUGGAGCCGUGAGAGGGCUAAAUUUUGGACAGGGGUUUCUCCUCUAAAAAUUGAGAGGGGGCAGUCUCUGCUUUCCCAAUUGACUUGGUGACUGGAAUAACUCACUGUCUCCAUCUCCAGCGCUCUUAGAAGCCUGUGCUGAGAGGAGGGGAUUCUUCACCGGCAUUGCCAACCUGUUGCCUGUGCGCCUGGCCUCUACCUUGAUGCUUCCAUACACUCUUCCUCUGGAGUCGGCUCUCUCCUUCACUGUCAGGUAUGCUCUAAAUCCUGUUUCUGAUAUGCUUUUGGGAAACGCUUGCGAUUGGGACCUAAAUUGCUGUAUCAACUUCAUCGUUAAGAACUUGCUAUUCUAUGGGACUUUGUUCUAAAUAAAACAAAGGUAAAAUCCAUUCCAAGGGAAUUUAUUGAAAGCCAAGGACCCUCUCCCAUGUGGCUGUCAAUGGCUACUAGCCAUGAGGUCUAUGUGCAGGGUCAGAGAUGGCUAUCAGCCACUGGGAAACAGGAACAGGAACAAACUCUUGCUCUCAUGUGCUGCAUCUGGGCUUCCCAUAGACACCUAGUUAGCCACCAUGGGAAAUGGGAUUCAGGACUAGAAAGCUCAUUGGUCUACUCUAGCAAGGGGAGGCAUGCUCUUUAUGUGAAUACUUGCCAUUGUCACAAGAGGCGCCCUUGUGCAGGCUGUUUUUAAGAACACCUUUGCAAAGCUGCAACGUGGCUGGUGCUCCUUCGUGCUUGCAGUGUAGCAAUGGGCUGUGUUACAUAACAGCGUCCCUGUUGGUCACCUGUCUCCUUCAGGUUGCUUGAAUGGCUGCCAGAUGUCCCUGAGGAUAUCAGGUGGAUGAAGGAGCAGACGAGGAAAGUCUGCCACUAUCUGAUGAGGAAAGCCAAGAAGAAGCUGGGAAGCCAUCUCUCAGCCAGGUAGGAUUAUCUUGUUUGCUUUUCUAAGUAUUGCGACACUGGGAGUUGCCAUAGGACUGGCGCCAUAUAAAUGGUAAUCAGGGGGACUUUGGCCUCCAAUCUGACCGUGCUUAUUCAGAAAUCAGCCCCUUUGUACUCUCCUCCAAGUUUGUGUGCUUAAGAUGGCAGUUCUAGAUGUGUCAUCUUACUUUGCACAGCCCUCUAUAAAAUAAAGGUGCCUUACUCUUCAGGAAGGUUUAGUGUUACUGUGCCUAGGUAACCGAAUACAUGGUUAUGAAACUACAGCACUGUGCACUUCUUUUUCAAGAAACCAAAUAACUGAAAACCCAGGCUUGACAGUCCCCAGUUUUGUUUUGAUGGUGAAAUAACAUAACUAAGUGCCUGAAGUCCUUAGAUGUUGUACGUAAUAUAUUUGAAAGGGCCUAAUUUUCUUUCUAAAAGAAAAAUGCAGAAUUUCCAAGGGUGGUGUUCAACUAAGUUUUACUCCAGAGUUAAACCCAUUGAAAUUAAUGAACCUGUUAGGGUCUUUGAUUUCAUUAGAUCUACUCUGAGUAAAACUUAGAUAUAGUAUCACCCCAUAUACAGAGUGUUCUGAAGAGCUAUCUUGGAUUAAGUUUAAAACCCAAACAACCCUCUUCAAAUGCAUCUAUUUGCUCACUCUUGGUUCAGUUUCUUUUCUGCAUGUGAACAUGUUCCCAGGGCAGUUCAGGACAGUGGGCAAAAAUGUAUUGUGUGUGAACUGCCAAAAAGUGAUUGGAUUCUAUCUCAAAGGUAGGAGGGGGGGUGGAGAUAGCCAGAGGUUGCCCAAAUGGAGAUAGCCAUGGAUGCUGGAAAACUGGCUUUGGGCUGAACAUUGAUUCUUGGUAUAAUAGUCGGUGGUCAAUAGCAUUGGCAGAGAAACUAACAUGUCAGGUCAGAACAGCAAAGGGCAAACACCACCCCUAUUCUUUUUAUAAUACAUGGGGGGGGUGGAAAUCAUUGAAUAUAUAAAUUGUUUGGAUAGUGGUAGGAAUCCACCUAACACUCACAGGGAAACGUGGUGUGAUCUUUUAGAGUAACCAAAUGAGAUGUUGUAUAGCAAGACAAAUGUAUAUGAUUUUAUUGGGACAAGUUGUUUGUUAUUUUCUACUUUAGCAAUUGUUUAUAUACUUAAUUAAAUAACAACAACAACUUUUUUAAAAAGUAAGGGGGAGAGAAAGCCACUACGUAUAUAUUUUUCCAACCUAACAACAGGCACCCUAUUUCCCUUUAUUUUCUAUUGUUUGAAACAGCUUUCAGUAACAAAGCUGUCAUUUAAUGUUUUACAAUAUAACAAAUAGAUGGUUUUUCAAGUGAUUUGUUUGCAUUUAUCAUGUGACAAUAAACAGUUACCAUGUCAACGGGUGGCUCGUGCAUUACAUCUGGGUGUCGCACAGUCCACUUGCACUCGGCGGGGUGCAGGUUUUAUCGAGAGAUAACGGAGCCCGUUCUGCCAGUGGAGAAUCUCAUUUUGCAGAGCAGCCCACUCUACGCAGCUUGUGUUCUCACUUGUACACCUGACUCACUUUCUCAGACCGAAUGAAACUCAGCAGUGUGACGACCAUCAGCCUGGGGACUCUGGAGGCUCAAAGUUUCCCCUGGACCUCAGUCAGCUCACGUGGCACUUUCUGCUUAUGGGCCAAUGACGGGACUAGGAAGGGGCAGGACUAGGAUAGCCAGGGUGUCAAAGGUCAGUAUUGAGGCAUGCAAGGAGAAUCUGAGCACUGCUCACCUGCACCUUCCAUGACCCUAGUCUGUGCUGCUGACUUUUUGUAUGCGACUGUAGCAUCACACUGGCAUCUUGUACUGUUAAGGGGAAACUGCAAUGGGGAAUGUGUGAUCUUUCAUCCCCCACUCCUCUCUCUGUAUCUCCAUGUCUAGCCUGGAAGCUCCAGUGCAGCAAACAGUGCUUGUGAGUACAGCAUGACAAACAAACUAAAAAUCUUCCCCUCUCUCUUUCUCUCUCUCUCUCAGGCUGUACUACCACCUGGAACUCAGAAAAAGCCAAAGCUUGCCCCUCCCCUUGAGCAUCGGCUAUGGGGAGGCGCUGCCCAAGUGGCUGCGGAGUAACCUCUCCCUGACGGACGUUAUGACAAAAUGGGAGGAGUACCAGCGCCAGCUGAUGCUGGGGUUGUUCUGCAUCAACGUGGACCUGCAGGCGUCCAUCUUCCCAUCAGAAGGGCUGCAGAUGAGGCACCCGCCAGCAAGCUGCACACAAGAAAGCCUCCAGCUUUUCUAA